AUGUCAGACAUGGAAGAUGUUUUGGAUAGGCAAGAGCGAGAAAGGCGAGCAAGAAUGCGCAGAAGAGCUGCAAGCAAAAGGGCGCAGAGAGAACUAGAUGAGCAACUUGGUGUGGCCGUUGCUUUGAUGGAGGAAGAAAACCAGAGCCGUCGUGGUUCACGAGAAGGCCGGGCAUCUUCAUUUCUCAUAGAGUGGCGUCUCGUUCAAGACUACCGUCGGACCCGUUGGAAUAAUUUGGAAUUUCUUACAAUUCUUCACCACCUCCCAACAAUGGAAUUUCAUCUCAUUGCCCGAUACGGGACAAUGACUAAUGUGGAGCCAAGACUCACACAAGCUAACAUCUUCCAUGACACUCCAUGCCCCUCCGGUUUCACUAGAAGAACCCAUAAAUUUUUCUAG